UCAUGCGCUCUCUCUCUCUCUUCAUAAGCUUCACUACUUUGUCUUGGUCAGCAUGAAGGUAGAGCAGAAGGAGAAGAAACAGAUCGGAAGCAAGUCAAAUGCUACCUCUUCUUCCUUGAGCUGAAAGCCAAGCACACACAAACUGGAAGGAACAGGGUGGAGGUAAGAAGGAGAGAGAGAGAGAGAGAGAGAGAGAAGGAUGGCCGGAGAAGGAGCGGCCGCGGGGCCAAAGCAAGGUGACACGCAGCCCCACCCGGUGAAGGACCAGCUGCCCGAUAUCUCCUACUGCAUCACCAGCCCUCCUCCAUGGCCUGAGGCUGUCCUUCUCGGGUUCCAACACUACCUCGUGAUGCUGGGAACCACGGUCAUCAUCCCCACCGCUCUCGUUCCGCAGAUGGGCGGAGGAAACGACGAGAAGGCCAGAGUGAUCCAAACAUUGCUGUUCGUGGCUGGGUUGAACACUCUGCAGCAAACCACAUUUGGAACUCGGUUGCCUGCCGUGAUCGGCGGCUCAUACACCUUCGUCGUGCCCACCAUCUCCAUCAUUCUGGCUGCUCGCUACAGUACCAUUGUGGAUCCCCAUCAGAGAUUCCUGCACAUCAUGAGGGGAACGCAGGGCGCUCUCAUAGUCUCUUCCACCAUCCAGAUCAUACUAGGCUUCAGUGGCCUAUGGCGUAUAGUCGUAAGACUACUGAGUCCUCUGUCAGCAGCACCAUUGGUAGCUUUGGCUGGCUUCGGCCUCUACGAAUUCGGCUUUCCCGGAGUUGCCAAAUGUAUCGAAAUUGGACUCCCACAGCUCAUAAUUCUAGUAAUAUUCUCACAGUACAUACCUCAUCUAUUACACUCAAAGAAGCAUGUCUUCGACCGAUAUGCCCUCUUGUUCUCCAUCGCAAUCGUAUGGCUUUAUGCUUUCAUCCUCACGGUGGGAGGUGCGUAUAAGCAUGCAGCAGCAAAGACUCAACAGCACUGUCGAACCGACCGUUCUGGCCUCAUUGCUUCAUCUCCAUGGAUAAGAGUGCCAUAUCCCUUUCAAUGGGGAGCACCAACCUUCAACGGUGGCGAAGCUUUCGCCAUGAUGGCUGCUGCAUUCGUUGCUCUCGUAGAGUCGACCGGUGCUUUCAUUGCGGUUUCAAGGUAUUCGAGUGCCACACCAGUGCCUCCUUCAAUACUUGGCCGUGGAGUUGGAUGGCAGGGCAUCGGGAUACUGUUGGAUGGGAUUUUUGGAACAGCGAAUGGAUCCACUGUGUCUGUCGAAAACGCUGGAUUGAUAGCUUUGACACGGGUUGGAAGCCGAAGAGUAGUUCAAAUAUCUGCAGGAUUCAUGAUCUUCUUUUCUAUACUCGGAAAGUUCGGAGCCGUGUUUGCGUCCAUUCCCGGACCGAUCAUAGCAGCUCUGUACUGCCUCUUCUUUGCAUAUGUUGGUGUUGCAGGUCUCAGUCUCCUUCAAUUCUGCAACCUCAACAGCUUCAGGACAAAGUUCAUCCUGGGGUUCUCCGUGUUUAUGGGGCUAUCGGUUCCUCAAUACUUCAACGAGUACACUUCUGUUGCGGGUUAUGGACCUGCGCACACUGGCGCAAGAUGGUUCAAUGACAUGGUGAACGUGGCGUUCUCCUCGGAAGCGCUUGUGGCGGGCUUCGUGGCGUAUUUCUUGGACAACACACUGCAUAGAAACGAUACCACUGCGAGGAAGGACAGAGGAUACCAUUUCUGGGACAAGUUCAGAUCCUACAAGACUGAUCCCAGAAGCGAGGAAUUCUACUCGUUGCCGUUUAAUCUGAACAAGUUCUUCCCUGCGGACUGAACCGCGAAGGCCAUGCCCGGUGUUCUGUAAUAAUGCUCGGACAGAUACCGGUUCUUCCGCUGUCUCUGGGCCUUUUUAGGCUGCAGAUGGAAUUGGAUUGGGUGUCCUGCAAGGAGACAAACAAAGGUUUAUCACAGUUUGCGAGGUCCAAUUCCAUGACUGCAAACAAUUUCAUUUA